AUGGUUGACUUUCUUCCCACCCGAUCAAAACGUCAGAAUUGGAAAAUGCUACUGGAGCUCCAGGGAUUCCGCAGAACCUCAUUUCGGCUUCGAUGCGUUUUUUUUCAGAUUCCUGGCGGAGCCUCCUUUCGGAAGGACUUGGAGCGACUGAAGGCUCCUCUUGAAGACUUCGGCGGCUUCAGCAGAAACCAUGCAAAGGGAGACGACUUGAAAGACGCCAUCACCCCUCCACAACUAGUAGACUCCAGGGGACAAGACACCCACCAUGCCCUGACCCCAGAAGAUGCCAGCACCCUUCCACAACUAUUAGACUCCUGGGGACAAGACACCCACCAUGCCCUGACCCCAGUAGAUGCCAGCACCCUUCCACAACUAUUAGACUCUAGGGGACAAGACACCCACCAUGCCCUGACCCCAGCAGACGCCAUCACCCCUCCACAACUAUUAGACUCCAGGGGACAAGACACCCACCAUGCCCUGACCCCAGCAGAUGGCUGCACCCCUCCACAACUAUUAGACUCCAGGGGACAAGACACCCACCAUGCCCUGACCCCAGCAGAUGCCAUCACCCCUCCACAACUAUUAGACUCCAGGGGACAAGACACCCACCAUGCCCUGACCCCAGCAGAUGCCAUCACCCCUCCACAACUAGUAGACUCCAGGGACGCCAUCACCCCUCCACAACUAGUAGAGUCCAGGGGACAAGACACGCACCAGGCCCUGACCCCAACAGACGCCAGAACCCCUCCACAACUAAUAGACUCCAGGGGACAAGACACCCACCAGGCCCUGACCCCAACAGACGCCAGAACCCCUCCACAACUAAUAGACUCCAGGGGACAAGACACCCACCAGGCCCUGACCCCAACAGACGCCAGAACCAUCACAACUAAUAGACUCCAGGGGACAAGACACCCCACCAGCCUGACCCCAACAGACGCCAGAACCCCUCCACAACUAAUAGACUCCAGGGGACAAGACACCCACCAGGCCCUGGACCCCAAACAGACGCAGACCCCUCCACAACUAGUAGACUCCAGGGGACAAGACACCCACCAUGCCCUGACCCCAGUAGACGCCAGCACCCCUACACAAAAACUAAUAGGACUCCAAGGACAAGACACCCACCAUGCCCUGACCCCAGUAGACGGCCAGCACCCUACACAACUAUUAGACUCCAGGGGGACAAGACACCCACCAGGCCCUGACCCCAAUGCCAGCACCCCUCCACAACUAUUAGACUCCAGGGGACAAGACACCCACCAUGCCCUGACCCCAGUAGACGCCAGCACCCCUACACAACUAUUAGACUCCAGGGGACAAGACACCCACCAUGCCCUGACCCCCAGUAGACGCCAGCACCCCUCCACAACUAGUAGACUCCAGGGGACAAGACACCCACCAUGCCCUGACCCAGCAGAUGCCUGCACCCCUCCACAACUAGUAGACUCCAGGGGACAAGACACCCACCAUGCCCUGACCCCAGCAGAUGCCAGCACCCCUCCACAACUAUUGGACUCCAAGGGACAAGACACCCACCAUGCCCUGACCCCAGCAGAUGCCAGCACCCCUCCACAACUAGUAGACUCCAGGGGACAAGACCCACCCACCAUGCCCUGA